AUGGCCGCUUCGGGGUUGUUGAGGGUUGUAGGUUCCCGGUCGCAUAGGUCGCUCUUGACUCCAAAUAUGAUCUCUACAUUAAAGCCAAAUAUUGGUGUUAGAUAUAUAACAAGAAGCGAAAACGGGGCUAUCCUUCCUAAACCACCCCAAGUUCGGUUUGGUCUCAUCAAGGUUGCAUUGACUGUUACGCCAUUUCUAUUGGGUGGAGCGACAAUCAGUAGAGAAUUUGCAGCCUGGCUUGAAGAGCAUGAAUUAUUUGUACCAGAUGAUGACGAUGACUAA